AUGGAGGAAUACUUCAGGCUAAGAAAUGACCUUAUCCGCAGUGAUUCUACUUCACUCGGCUUAAGCCAGCCAAGUGAGCUUGAAGCUCUUGCAAGCUCAAAGCUAAAUCUUCUCAGAGAAGAAUUUUCAUCAAGAUUUUCAAUUGAUGAUAUGCUUGAUUUCUGGGGAAUAAAAGACAGGGUUAUAAGUACAAGACUAUUCCAGACACUUAAAAAAAUGCCUAAAGGGGCUGUCCUUCAUUUACAUUAUGGUGGAACUUUGCCUGCUACUGAAGUGCUGCCUCUAUUAAAGCAUGAUCCACAAAUUUAUAUAAAAAUAGAAGGUGGCCAAAUCACUACAUAUGGAAGUUAUCAAGAAAAUGCAACCCAAUUAUCAGAAUUUUUAUCAAAUCCAGAUAAUGAGCAACUAUUUGUUACAGCGAUAGAAAUGAAUCGUGAAAAAUCGUUUGGGCUUCCAAGCCAAAGAUGGACACAUUUUGAAGGGAUUUUUACAGCUACGCUUCUUUAUACAUAUACUGAAAAAAGAAUUUAUGAAAAAUAUUUACUCCCAUGCAGCAAGCGAGGAAAAAUCAAUCGAAAAAGCUCCUAAUUUUUCGAGAAAAAAAUUUCUUUUUGAGCGAAUAUAAAAUUGGCUUAUAGAGGGAAAUUAGAAAUUUUCUUCACAAAAUUUUAUGAAGAAAAUAUUCAAAGAAUCGAAUAUCGCCACAUGCCAUUUGCGAUGAAAGACCUUGGACGGACAAUUUUUAUUGAUGAAGAAAUGGAUUUUAUUAAAAAGCCAAGUAAGAUUAGAUUAUAAGUUUAUAAUCGGAUAGACUACGGGCCUAUCUAACUGACGCAACCCCACCUAACCUAAAGAUUAGCUCCCUAGGUUAGAGCCGCCUCUUGUGGAUUCCCCGUUAGUCAUUUGGAAGGGAAGGGGGAGAAAUAAUCGGCAGGCAUCCUCAAACCCGAAGGCUUACUUCAAAAAGUGACUGAGGCCUACUUCAAAAAGAGACGAAGGCACUAUUUUCAGCUUCAUCAGGAUGGUCCUACUGCUCAAUAAGGAGUGUGUCUCGAUGCCUAUCUUCCAUCGAGGCCACCAUUUUAUUUCUUGGAUUUCCUUAAAGGACUCUGUGAUAAAUUUUCAUCAGCCCAUCCUGAUUUUUCUUCUGGAACAAUAUUAUCUACACACAAAGCAUUUUCCAAAGAAAGAAUUAUAUCAGAAGGUGAAGAAAUUUAUAGGCUUCAUUUAAAAUACCCCAGAUUUGUAUAUUUAUAAAUCUGAAUUUAUAUAAAUUUUCAUACAAAUUCUCCUUGAUUAUCAAUGAGAAAGAAAAGUAUACUAGGAUUUGAUAUUCUUGGAGAAGAAGAAACAUAUAAAGAAGACGAAGAAAUCUAUGCGGCCAUUCAUGUAAUAAGACAAAAAGCAAAGGAAAGCGGGAACGAUUUUCCUAUGUACAUUCAUGCUGGAGAAGUAGUAAGUAAGCCAGCGCCAAUAAUCUAUGAUGCUUUUGCUUUGGAAACAAAAAGAUUAGCCCAUGGAAUUUCACUUAUAAAGCACCCUCAUUUGAUGGAAAUUGCAAAGGAAAAAAAGAUUACUAUUGAAGUGGGUAUAAUUUUUUUUUUUUAUUAUUUUAUGGUCUUCGUCCAUCAUCUGGACCAACAUCGGGUAUAAUUAUUUUAAUUAAAAAAUAAUAGGUUAAUAUAUUAAAAUGCAUAGGUUUAAAUCUCCUUUUCUAUUGAAGCCUGCCCAAUUAGUAAUAUGCUGCUUGGAUAUGUAAGAGAUCCCAGAAUCCAUCCAGCCUUAGCUUAUUUGUUUCAAGGGCUACCAGUGACUAUUAGUUCUGAUGACCCUGGAUUGUUUGGAUAUUGUGGAGUAACACAUGACUGGGUUUGGAUAUAUGUGCUGUGGGGUAUAGAUUUAAUGCAUCUAAAGAAGCUUGUGGAAUAUAGUAUUGAUGGAUGCACUGAGCCUGAAGAAGUGAGACGAGCUUGGGAGCCUAAAUGGCAGGAAUUUAUUCAAUAUUUAGCUAAUUUAGAAAUAUAG